UAUUCCCGUGUGUAUGCGGAGUUCCGGCGGGGCAGGAGGAGCGGAGAAAUGGAGGAGAAGAAGCAGGACGAGCCGAGCAGCGGCCGCGGGGAGUCCUCCUCAGGAGGCGCUGAGAUCCAGAAACAUGGAGGCCACAGGAAAGCCAGGUACCAUAGCUCUCAGAGGAGUCACAUGGUUGAGAAACCAUACAGCUGUGAUCAGUGUGAGUCUGCCUUUGCUCAGCUGCAGUAUCUCAAGAUACACCAGCGUGUUCACACAGGAGAGAGGCCAUACAGCUGUGAUAUCUGCGGGUCUGCUUUCACUCAGUCAUGCCAUCUACAGAAGCACAAACGAAGUCACACUGGAGAGAAACCGUACAGCUGUGACCAGUGUGGCCAAGCUUUUACAUUGAAAUGUAGCCUGAAAACUCACUACAUACGAUUUCACACUGCAGAGAAACCAUACAGCUGUGACCAGUGUGGCCGAACUUUUGCUAAGAAAUUUUCCCUGAAAGUCCAUCAGCAAAUCCAUACAAGAGAGAGUCCUCACUGGUGUGAGGACUGUGGGAAAAAUUUUUCCCAUACGUGCAUAAUUAAAAAUCAUCAUCGAGUGCAUGCUGGAGAGAGGCCGUACAGCUGUGACCAGUGUGGGAAAACUUUCAAAUUGAGGAGGACCUUAAAGAUCCAUGGAAAAACGCACACUGGGGAGAAACCAUAUAGCUGUGCAGAGUGUGGGCAAAGGUUUACUCGUCCAUGCUCCCUGAGAAAACAUCAGCGAAUUCAUACUGGAGAAAGGCCAUACAGCUGCAACGAGUGUGGGAAAACCUUUAGUCAGCAAUUUAGCCUUACAUGUCACAUGCAAAUCCAUACAGGAGACAAACCGUUCUGGUGCGAGGAAUGUGGGAAGAAAUUCCGUCAAAAGCACAGCUUAACAUUACAUCAACAGAAACAUCAAUGUGGAGAGAAAAACACACAACAGCAAUCAGCAUGAGCUGCUGAUACGAGUCUGAGACGCUGGUGUGGAGGUGAGCUGGAGAGUUACAGACUUCACUGCCGCUCACAGCACAAAGCUGCUGAGCUGGAAUCUCUUCAUAAAGAAUUGUUUCGUUUCUGCUGUUUUUCAUAAAAGCUAAUCAUAUCUUUUUUUUUUAGUUUUUAUGGCUGCAGUUUAGCUUUGAGUUCUAAGUUCCUGCUUCCUAAAGAUCAAAACCACAAUUGUGGAGUUUGCUUGUUGCUGGAUGCUGCUGUGAUUAGAGAGAAGAAAGGCUGGUCAAAAACUACAAAAACUGGACUUCAAACAAACGCUUCCUGGUUUUAAGCUGUGUUACAGUGUCUAAAUUCCACCUGAAAAGAGAAACUGUUUUUCUGUUACUUUGAAGCUUUGCAUGAGUUUGACCAGACUGUUUACACUGAAAUGCCUGUAAAAAGAAAUCAUUAACUUCAUUCUCUAGAUGGGCUGAAUAAAGAUACAAGGAGAUUUCUGCA